UUUCAGCUUCUUUCUCCUAGCAAUGUUGCAAUGUACGGAGGUUUGUGUGCAUUGGCUUCUUUUGACAGACAAGAACUUCUAAAAAAUGUGAUAUCAAGCAGUUCUUUCAAAUUGUUUCUUGAGCUGGAACCACAGCUUCGAGAUAUCGUCUUCAGAUUUUAUGAAUCGAAGUACGCUUCAUGUUUGAAACUUCUGGAUGAAAUCAAGGAUAACCUGUUACUAGACGUGUACCUGGCCCCGCACGUGAACACGCUCUAUACACAAAUAAGGAACAGAGCACUGGUGCAGUACUUUAGCCCCUACUUGUCAGCAGACAUGAGGAAAAUGGCAGCAGCAUUUAAUACGUCAGUUUCAGCAUUGGAAGAUGAACUCAUGCAGCUUAUCCUGGACGGACAAGUACAGGCUCGCAUCGAUUCCCAUAACAAGAUUCUUUAUGCUAAGGAUAUUGAUCAAAGGAGCACAACGUUCGAAAAGUCUCUCAACAUGGGCCUUCAAUACCAGAGGAGGACAAAAGUAUGAAUCCUGUUUUGUAUCACGUUGUCUGUGAUUGUUUCUUAUU